AUGGGGUCAGGAGGAGGAGGAUCCUGCCGCCGCUUCAGGAGGCAGACUGUGGUCCUGUCACCUCUGCUGGGCCUGGGGUCAGCCCGGAGGUCAGCCCAGGACCUGCCCAACUCCCAAGGCCUCUCCUUCAUCAUCUUUGUCUGCUACGUGGCAUCCACAGCGUCCGCCUUCCUCACCGCGCCCCUCCUGGAGUUCCUGCUGGCCCUCUUCUUCCUCUUUGCUGAUGCCAUGCAGUUGAACGACAAGUGGCAGGGCUUGUGCUGGCCCAUGAUGGACUUCCUACGCUGUGUCACAGCGGCCCUCAUCUACUUUGCCAUCUCCAUCACAGCUGUCGCCAAAUACUCUGAUGGUGCUGCCAAAGCGGCCGGGGUGUUCGGCUUCUUUGCCACCAUCGUAUUUGCCAUUGACUUCUACCUGAUCUUCAAUGACGUGGCCAAAUUCCUCAAGCAAGAGGGCUCUGCAGACGAGACCACAGCCCACAAGGAGGAAGAAGAGGAUUCCGACUCUGACUCCGACUAAAGGGCUGCCCGGCCCUGGCAGCCCGGGCCACGCGGGCCUUCCCUCCUGCACUUCCCACCGGCUGGCCGGCCGGCCGGCGCGAGGCCUGGGGACCGGGAGUGAUGGAGGAAGGCUGUCACUUCUCCAGAGGAGCAGGCCUCCUCCCAGCCCCAAGGUGACGUUUCUGAGCCUACCUAACCGCUCUGCACAGGAGGGCAGCGUGAAUGUCCCGCCACUCCUCGUUUCUGGCCCACAGACCGUAAGCCCUUUGACCUCUCUGCCGAAAAUAAGCACAAAGGGACAAAGCAGAUAGAGCCAUUUGACCCGUCACAGGGAUAUGCAUGCCAACGGGGGUGGAUAGAGGUAACGGGACGACGGAGGUAAGGCAGAAACCACCAGGGGCCAACCGCCAGCCCCCCAGCCCCAGGGACCUUCAUCUGCAUUUGGUGCCCCUGCCCACGCCAGGCACUUUGUCGAGAAUGAUCCUUCCAAGGUUCUUUGGUUCAAGGAGCACCACUUCCUUCAUUCUGUAAGCAGGGGGGAAGCUGGCCUUUGCCAUGCCUUUACCUGCCUCCUCACACCCCUGGAAACCGUGACUCCUCCAAGGGACAGGACUAUUGUGGGUCUAAGACCAUUUCAAAGAAAAGCUCGUAAAGCGGCUUACCGGGUCCAAAAGAUCAGGGGCCACAGGAAGGGACAGCGUCCGGGGUCGCUGGGCAGGCCCAGCCGGAGCCGCUCUGCCCCGGGGCCCGCCAGCAGCCACAGGCUUGUGGACGCUCGGGACCAUGCGCUUCUAGACACCAGAGCAGGUCUCCCAACCACUCACAGGAGGUGAGACGUGCCUUCUGUGUUCUCCUGUGCUGUGUAUAUAUCUUCAGUGGAUUUUGUAACUUUAUAUAAUUUUUUUAUACAAAAGCAGCUUCUUAAAUAGCAUUUCCUGUGACCAAGAGGCCUUACGAAAUGAGCCAGAGUUCUGGACCCAUUUGGGAGCAUUUGUAACUUUCGUUCUUCUCUUGCAUGUGAAUCUCCUCCCCUGAAAAAAAGCCAUAAUGAAUUAAACCAGACUGACUACCUGCA